CAUCAGUGGCCAGGAAUCUCAGGCAUGCAGCCCUGAGCUCAUGUUUCCAGAGAUUGUGCCUCCUCCCCAGGACUGUGAGGCUAGGUGAACCCCAAUCCAGACGCUGGACCCUGGGGUGGCCUGGGUGGGCAACUGGGAGUCCAGUGGCCCUUCUCCCUUAGCCUAGUGGUGGGUCCAGGAACUGGCCUGCCCCACUCCAGAGCCCACCCAGCUCCCUGCCUGUGAUGGGCUGCACUGCUGGGAGGGUGAGGGGAGCAUUUACAUUUACAGGUCUUUCCAGCCUGGGGCCUGCCCUAUAGCCUGAAUAACCAGCUCCUCCAGGCCUGGUGUGCUGGGGGUGGGGUGCAGCCUGAGACAGCAGACCAGCCCCUGACCACUGGGGGUACAGACUGGUGGCAUGGGACUCCCCCAGAGGCAGCUUCUCCCAGGGCUGCUGUUCCUCCUCAUGGUACUGAGCUGGCUCCAGCCUAGCCUGAGCCUAGAGCUGAUCCCCUACACGCCACAGAUAACAGCCUGGGACCUGGAAGGGAAGGUCACAGCUACCACCUUUACCCUGGAGCAGCCUCGCUGUGUCCUCGAUGGGCGUGCUGGCACUGGAGACACUGUCUGGCUGGUGGUGGCCCACAGCAAUGCCUCCAGGGGCUUCCAGAACCCACAGACCUUGGCCGAGAUCCCAGCCUUCCCACAGUUGCUGACUGAUGGCUAUUAUAUGACGCUGCCCCUCUUCCUAGACCAGCUGCCCUGUGAGGACCCUGUGGGGGACAGUGGAGGCACCCCCGUGCUGCGGGUGGGCAAUGACCAUGGCUGCCACCAGCAGCUCUACUGCAAUGCCCCCCUUCCCAGCCCUGGACCUUACCGUGUGAAGUUCCUCCUGAUGGAUGACAGGGGCUCACCCAAGGCCCAGACCAGGUGGUCAGACCACAUUACUCUCCACCAAGGGAAGGACCCAGGCUCCAUUGACACAUGGCCAGGGCGGCGAAGUGGUGGCAUGAUCGUCAUCACCUCCAUCCUCUCUUCUCUGGCUGGUCUCCUGCUCUUGGCCUUCUUGGCAGCCUCUACUGUGCGCUUCUCCAACUUGUGGUGGCCUGAGGAGGCCCCUGAGCAGCUGCGGAUUGGCUCCUUCACGGGGAAGCGCUACAUGACCCACCACAUCCCACCCAGUGAGGCUGCCACACUGCCUGUGGGCUGUGAGCCUGGCCUGGACCCCCUCCCCAGCCUCAGCCCCUAGUCUGGCCUGUGAGGCUGAGGCCUGGGGCAGCAGGCAGGGAGCCAGUGCCCAUGUUCCCUUGGGACACCAGUGCUGCCCUGUCCUGCCUGGAACUGUCCUACCCAUCCUUAGUACCCCUGAUCUGGCUUUGCAUUUCUCUCCCUCUCCAGCAUGUCUUAAGGUACAUUUAGGAGAGUUUAGGGGAGGGAACCAUGGUCAAGCUGGACGGCCACCGCCACCUCCAUCCUCAUCUCUGCUCUGACCUCCUAUGACUUGCUCUGCUGGGUGCCAGGGCCUAGGCUAGUCACAGGCAUAUGAGGCCUGUGCCAACAUCUGUCUCUCUGUUGCACCCAUCAGCAACAGAGGCAUCUUUACUGUCCCAGGGCUCAGGCCCUUAUGAAGGAGACUUGCCUGCAGGAAAGUCAGACAGUGCAGAUGCACAUCACGACCAUCUGGCUACCGAUUCUGGCCGCCACCUCCAAACCCCUUGCCACACGGAUGGCUCACACACUUAUUCACUUCCAUCACAAGCAUUUAUUGAGCACAUGCUGUGUGCCAUAGUGUUAGAUAUGAGGCUUUGAGCACAGCAAAUCCUGACCUUGGGGAGCUCACUACUCUGGACCUCAAAUGACGACAUACACAGAUGUUACCUGGUACUGUUGGGGGGCUGUCACCUCAAUGUGCUCUUUGGGGUCCCCCAUUCUCCUUACCCCCCAUCGGGGAGAACACUCUCUAGACUCCUGAGCGUCCGUCGGUCCGCAAGGCCGGUGGUUCCCGCUGUCGCCACAUGGGGGCGCUGGGAUACCGCAGUCAAGCAGCCGGAUGCCCCACGCGCGUGCGUACUCUUAUUCCUGGUCCCUCUACCCGCCGGCGAUCUGAAGUCGGGAGCCUGCGACCCUCUGCCAGGGUUGCAGGGUAUCAGGACUCCAGACCGCCUGGAGAUACGCUCCGGCCUGAAAGCCAACUGUGUGCUGACCCAUCAAUACAACUUCAGUGAUGGAGAAACUGAGGCUCAGUGAAUUGCCGGCCGCACUCUGUCCAUUGCUACCACACCCCGUCCCCGUCCCCCCGGGAUGUCCUCCCAGAUCCUCUGGCCUGACCACACUCCCAGCAUGCAGGCCCUGCCCGUGGGGGCACCCGGUGGUGGCCCUUGGGCUGUAGCCCUCUUUAAAGGUGAAUAAAGAUGGUUUGGCU